CCUCCAUGGAUCCCGAACCCGAGCAACAAGCCUCGACCUGCGGCGGUGCCUCGACUCCUCCUCCCCAGCCUGCUCAGGGUCCGGGUCCGAGCGAGGGGGUCGACUCAGGUACCAUGAGCCAGGACGCCGAGGUGGACAUGAAGGACGUGGAACUCAACGAGCUGGAGCCCGAGAAGCAGCCGAUGAACGCGGCGGCAGGCCCGGCCGGCUCGGCGGCGGGCCCGGGCAGCGCGGAGAAGAACGGGCUGGUGAAGAUCAAGGUGGCCGAGGACGAGGCGGAGGCGGCGGCGGCCUCCAAGUUCACCGGCCUGACCAAGGAGGAGCUGCUCAAGGUGGCCAGCAGCCCCGGCUGGGUGCGCACCCGCUGGGCGCUGCUCGUGCUCUUCUGGCUCGGCUGGUUCGGCAUGCUGGCGGGCGCCGUGGUCAUCAUCGUGCAGGCGCCCCGCUGCCGGGAGCUGCCCGCGCAGCGGUGGUGGCACCAGGGGGCCCUGUACCGCAUCGGAGACCUGCAGGCCUUCCUGGGCAGCGAGGAGGCCCGCGUCUCGGGCCUGAAGGAGCAGCUGGAUUAUCUGAACAGCCUGAAGGUGAAGGGCAUAGUGCUAGGCCCCAUCCACGAGAACCCCGCGGAUGACUUCCAGGAAACCAACUUGACGAAGGUGGACCCCACUUUGGGCUCCCAGGAAGAUCUUGAGAGCUUCCUGCACUUGGCUAAGAAGAAGAACAUCCGGGUGAUCUUGGACCUCACACCCAACUACAAGGGCCAGAACUCUUGGUUCCAGCCCAUGGACUCAGAUGUUGUGACCACCAAGGUGAAGGAUGCUCUGAGUUUCUGGCUGAAUGUUGGUGUAGAUGGAUUCCAGGUUCAGGACGUGGAGGCUAUCAAAAACGCACCUUCAGUGUUGGCUGAGUGGCAGAACAUCACCAAGAGCUUCGAAGAAGAUAGGCUCCUGAUCGCCGGGACCAACUCCUCGAGUCUGGAGCAGAUCUUGCAUCUUCUCAGCAUUGAUAAUAACCUCUUGUUGACAAGCUCCUACCUGGCCAACCCCCCCAACCAUCACAGGACACAUACCAACACGCUUAUUACCCAGUAUUUGAAUGCCACGGAAAACCGCUGGUGCAGCUGGAGUUUGUCUCAGGCGAAACUCAUGACGUCCAUCCUGCCUGCUUCGCUCCUGCGGCUCUACCAGAUGCUGCUCUUCACCCUGCCAGGGACCCCGGUUUUCACCUACGGAGAUGAGAUUGGCUUGGAAGCAGCGGUCCUUCCUGGGCAGCCUAUGAAGUCUCCAGUCAUGCUGUGGAAUGAAUCCAGUGUCCCCAGCACCAUGGGGCCUAUAACCCCCAACAUGACAGUGAAGGGCCAGAGCGAGGACACGGGCUCCCUCCUGUUCCUGUUCCGGAAGCUGAGUGAGCAGCGCAUGAAGGAGCGCUCCCUGCUGCACGGCGACUUCUAUGCCCUCUCCGCAGGCCCCGGCCUCUUCUCCUACAUCCGCCAGUGGGACCAGAACAGGCGUUUCCUGGUCCUGCUCAACUUUGGGGACAAGAGUCAGUUAGUCAAGCUGGGGACCUCCAAACUGCCCGCCAGCGUCAGCCUGCCCGCCAGUGUAGACCUGAUGCUCGCUACCCAUGAAGGGCGCAGUGAGGGUGCCUCCUUGGAGCUGAACCAGCUAGACCUGAAGCCCCACGAAGGGCUGCUCUUCCACUUCCCACACGUGGCCUGAUCAAAGCCCACUGUCCUCCUUUCUAACCCCUUUAUUUCUCCCUUUUUUUAAGAUUUUUUUUUAUGUCACACAGGAGAAAUGGACCUCUCCAAAUAAAAGUGUUUUCUGGCUUCAAAUAAAAGUCUCCCUCUC